GCCCAGGUGACUGACUAAUCCCCCGACUUGAGGAGAAAGCGUUGGCCAAGGCCUGAAGACCCCGGAGUGCGCCAGCGGCAUGUACAAAGACACCGUCUACUCCGCCUUCAAUCUGCUCAUGCACUACCCACCCCCCUCGGGAGCAGGGCAGCACCCCCAGCCGCAGCCCUCGCUGCACAACAAGGCCAGUCAGCCUUCCCACGGUGUCCCCCAACUCUCUCCUCUCUAUGACCAUUUCAGCAGCCCACACACCACACCUGCUCCAGCCGACAUCAGCCAGAAGCAAGUUCACAGGCCUCUGCAGACCCCUGACCUCUCUGGCUUCUACUCUCUGACCUCAGGCAGCAUGGGACAGCUGCCGCACACUGUAAGCUGGUUCACCCAUCCACCCCUGAUGCUAGGUUCCGGUGUACCUGGUCACCCCGCAGCCAUCCCCCACCCAGCCAUUGUGCCCCCUUCAGGGAAGCAAGAGCUGCAGCCCUAUGACCGCAGCCUGAAGACGCAGGCAGAAUCCAAGGCAGAGAAGGAAGCCAAGAAGCCAACCAUCAAGAAGCCUCUCAACGCCUUCAUGCUGUACAUGAAGGAGAUGAGAGCAAAGGUCAUUGCAGAAUGCACACUCAAGGAGAGCGCUGCCAUCAACCAGAUCCUGGGCCGUAGGUGGCAUGCACUGUCCCGGGAAGAGCAAGCCAAGUAUUAUGAGCUGGCCCGCAAGGAGAGGCAGCUGCACAUGCAGCUCUACCCAGGCUGGUCGGCGCGGGACAACUACGGGAAGAAGAAGAGGCGGUCGCGGGAAAAGCACCAAGAAUCCAACACAGAUAACUCUCUUCACUAUUCCUAGGAGGAAAAAGAAAUGCAUUCGGUACUUACCCGGAGAAGGCCGCUGCCCCAGCCCCGUUCCUUCCGAUGACAGUGCUCUAGGCUGCCCCGGGUCCCCAGCUCCCCAGGACUCGCCCUCGUACCUCCUGCUGCCCCACUUCCCCACAGAACUGCUUGCUAGCCCUGCGGAACCGGCGCCUACAUCACCAGGUCUCUCGGCCACUCUCAGCCUCCCAGCCCCCUGGGCCCCCUCAGGCUCCUCACAGCAACCUGCAGAGUACACAGGUACAGCAACAGGAAUCUCGGAGACAGGCAGCCUAGCAUGCACAGGACACAUGGCUUCCUCCAGGGGCCCACCCUCUGAGAGGAGACGACAGAGCCCCA